AUGGCCGCCAAACUAUCCAUCAACGACCUGCUCGCCCUUCCCAACUCCGCAGUCAAGAUUCCCAGAUUGGGCUUUGGGGUCUAUCAAUCUCCAAGCAAGCAAUGCGUCAACUCCUGCUUGACCGCGCUCAAGGCUGGGUACAGGCACAUUGACUCGGCGCAAUACUACGCCAACGAGAAGGAAGUUGGUGAAGCCGUGCGUCAGUCAGGCAUCCCCCGAUCCGAGGUCUUCAUCACCACCAAGAUCAUCGCAGCCGCGGGUAGCGUGGAUAAGACGUACGAGCAGCUGGUAGAGAGCGUUGAUAAAAUCGACGGCAGCAAUGGCUAUGUCGAUCUUUUCCUGAUACAUACUGCGAGCGGUGGCUCCAAGGCUAGGAAGGAAAUGUACACGGCGCUUGAGAAGCUGUUGGAAAGUGGCAAGACCAGAGCCAUUGGAGUCAGCAAUUGGGGCAUUGGCCAUAUCGAGGAGCUGAAGGGCUUUGCCAAAGUUUACCCUCCACACGUCAAUCAAAUUGAGCUGCACCCAUUCUCUCAACAGCGAGAGGUCGUCGACUUCUGCCACAAGAACGGUAUUAUCGUCGAAGCAUAUUGUCCUCUUGUUAGGAAUCAAAAGGCUAACGACCCAACCCUUACCAAAAUCGCCGAGAAACACAAUAAGGCGGUCAGCCAUGUGUUGAUCCGAUACUGCUUGCAGAAGAAUUGGGUCCCGCUGCCUAAGAGCGACACCCCAUCCCGAAUCAUUGAGAAUGCCAAUGUCUACGACUUUGAGCUGUCGAAGGACGAGAUGAAGAACAUAGAUGAUCUGGAUCAGGGUAGCAAAGGGGCAAUCGUCCAGGCUGUUACGAACACUCUGUAG